UCGCUCUGUUUUUUCUUUUCUAAUUGAGAUCUUCAAUUUCACAUUUAACCCCAUCUUAAUUAGUUUCUUUUGCAGUUAAUUAAUGACGUACCCUUGUUCAUCAUCAGAUCUCUACAGAGAAGCUGAAGGGGUAAAGUACAAUGAGUGGGAUGGUUUCUCUAUUACUCAUGAUGCUUUAAUCUUUAAUCCGAAUAAUACCGGAUUGGAUCUUGCAGAAUCGCAAAAGGAUUUCACUUGGCCAAAUCAAGAGCUAAAUCAAAGUUAUCAAACUUCACAAAACCAGUUGAAUCACCAACCACUACAAGGAUUAGCACCAACUGAAGCUGGGACGAGUCAUUCAGUCCGCAGGCGCGGGGGUAAGAGUCCAUCUGUUCCACAUCUUUCCAGGAACCCUGGAAAAACUCUAACAUCCAAUGAAAGAAAGAAAGAAAUCGACAAACGAUAUCGAGAGAAAUGCAAGGAAAGCAAAAAGAACAUGGAAUGGCAGUUGGAUCAGCUUGGUGGAGAAAAUACAAAUUUGCAUAAUGAGAAUAUGAAUUUGAUGAUGGAAAAAGAAUCUAUAAACAAUAGUUUGCAAUCGGCAGAAAUCGAGACAAAGGACCUGAAGAUGGAAAUUCGCAAGUUGAAGACUAACAUGACCAACCAACAAGUUUUCGUUGAUUCAUUCUUAAAGAAAUUCGAAGAUGAUGUGUCAAACAAUGAGAAUCACCAGCUUGAGAUCAAAAAGCUUCAGAAUGAGAUCAUGAUAUUAAGACAAACUAAUUGGGAUGAUUGGUUGAUGAACAAAGCUCAACUUGUGCAAGACAUUGGGAAUUUGGAGCAUGAGAAUAAGGUACUCAGAAUACAAGUUGAUGCACUAUGUGAGAAAAUACACAAUGACCUUGACACUAAACCAUGUACAAUUUGAAUUUUCAAGUUCAAAUUAUAUUUACAAGUAUUGUUCAUCAUUAGAAUAUUUUUAUUGUACGAUAUAUGCACUCAAUGUAUUCCAACAAGACAUUUAAAUAAUGUAGCAUUAAUAUAUGAUAUGUUUUACUUUUUCUCC